GGGGUCCUUACGGUCCUUCCUUCCUUGAGCCGCUCCAUCAGCCGCCUGACAGAAAACGACAACCGGAGGUAAAAAAUCCAGAUUAGCCCGAAAUCCUCCAAAAACCGAGCGGGUCUUUCGAGUUAUGAUGGGCGGAAGGACGAGUGCCAUAGCGGCGGGUGUAUGCGGGGCUCUCUUUGUCGGUUACUGUAUUUAUUUCGACAGGAAACGACGGAAUGACCCGAACUUCAAGAACAGGCUACGAGAACGGAGAAGAAAGCAGAAGGCUGCCAAAGAGAGGGCAGGCCUGGCAAAGCUUCCAGAUCUGAAGGAUGCUGAAGCUGUGCAGAAGUUCUUCCUGGAGGAAAUCCAGUUGGGAGAGGAGCUGCUGGCUCAGGGAGACUACGAGAAAGGUGUGGAUCACCUGACCAACGCCAUCGCUGUGUGUGGUCAGCCUCAGCAGCUACUACAGGUGCUGCAGCAGACUCUGCCUCCACCAGUCUUCCAGAUGCUGCUCACCAAGCUGCCCAGUAUCAGCCAGCGUAUCGUGAGCGCACAGAGUCUGAGUGAGGAUGAUAUAGAAUGAGAGAGCCCAGAAGAAGCCACCCCUGCUCCCCGUUUGUUCAUCACGACCUGCCCACACCUCGGCCUCCUGUCACUUUCACCCCAUCCAGCCUCCCUAAAGGGGUUCAGUUUCUCUUCCUUUGUCCAUUGAAAGGUUUUCUUUUUGAACUUGUAUUACCCGUUUUGGGGUAUUAGGAUAUCUAAAUCAUGAGGCCACAAAUAAAUGUAGAGAAAUGCAAUCCGGCCUGUCCCCGCUCCCAAAUCCUCAUGUAUGUAAUAACCAACUGGGCUGGAUUCAAAGAUGAAUCCGCUCCUUCCUCCAAGGUGGUGCAACACACAUCUGACAGGAUUAUGUACAAGGUUUACGCUGCCUGAUGUGGUUGUACCCGCCGUCUCCAUGACAACGUCAGUAGUAUAAACCAGAAUGUGCUCGGAUGAGUAUUUAUUGUUUUGUUACGUCUCGUCUGUCUUUCCAUUCUAGACUUGGAAACGCUUUUUAGAGUGACGAUAUGUUUUGUUCUGUUUGAAGAGGAUGGCCCUCUUUAGCAAGAAUAAACCAUCUGAACAAAC